GCGGUAUGUGCUUAGUAUGAUCCCGGUCGUAGAAUUAUAAAUGGCUCGGGUUGCCCAUACCAUAAAUAGGUACCAGGUAUUCAUUGUGUCUUCGACUCUUCUCGUCAAGGCACCGCCCCAUGUUACUACGGAGCAAUAUGUACUCCACACUACGGUCCGCCUUCAACUGGCUUCUAGCUGCCGCCCCUAUAUUUACGCAGGGCGCUUCCCUCCAAAAAGUCACAUCUGAUUUCGGGCCAAACCCAAGGAAUGUCGGUUUCUACAUUUAUGUUCCGGACAAAUUAGCUGCUCGACCGCCGGUUCUUGUUAAUCCUCACUGGUGUCACGGCGACGCACAAGUUUGCUACUCCGGGUCUCAGUAUUCGACUCUAGCUAACAAGUACGGGUUCAUUGUCAUCUAUCCCGAUAGCCCAAAUACGGCCGAUAAGUGCUGGGAUGUGUCUUCUAACGAGACUUUAACACACGAUGCUGGAGGCGAUAGCUUGGGUAUCGUUAGCAUGGUGCGAUGGACACUCGACAAGUAUAACGGUGAUCCGAACCGUGUGUUUGUUACUGGCAUUUCCUCCGGGGCUAUGAUGACCAGCGUGUUACUCGGAGCAUAUCCCGAUAUUUUUGCUGCGGGAUCUGCAUUUGCCGGCGUGCCGUACGGAUGUUUCGCCGGUAACGGCUUUGGUGUCUGGAGCGACGCUUGCGCUACGGGGAAGGUCAAGAAAACCGGCACCGAAUGGGCCGCAUUAGUUAAAGCAGGAUAUCCAGGCUAUACUAGGUGGCGGCCUAAAGUUCAGAUCUUCCACGGAACAAGCGACGAGGUGCUCGACUAUACAAAUUUCGAAGAGGAGAUCAAAGAAUGGACGACGGUGUUUGGGUUUAAUGAAACUCCCACGAGCACGACGCCUAACACUCCCGUCAAGGGAUGGACGAAAUAUGUAUACGGUAGCAAUGAUUGGCUCGAAGCCUACAGCGCUGCAGGAGUUUCACAUAACAUUCAGAACCAAGAGGCCACCGCUAUGGAAUGGUUCGACCUUACCUGUACAAGCGACGACUGCUUCAAAUGGGGACAAGGGGGUCCAAAGGCUCGGUAGCUGAAAAAGAUGAUGUGUUAGGUAGUCGGUCACUACCCAUUGUCUCUAGUUCUCGCAUAGACAACAUUGAUGAUGCAAAGAGAGAAAUACAUCUUAACGAUCCCAAGCCAUCCUGUUAUACAAGGCAAUUUCGUAUUUUCCCUCUUCUAAUUACUCCUGCCACUUUGACCUCCGAGCUUUGACUGUACGGAUCCGCCUACGCUACCCUCCGUAGUAAACUGCUUUCCGACCAUUCCCUCUUUAUCCAAAGGACCGCCGAUUUUCUGCGCUGUACCGCCAAUUGCUCCUUCUUCAGUAAACUGUUUGCCAAUAGAGCCCUGGGCAUCGAACAUCUUGGGUUUGUCCUCGCCGAUUCCAGCGGUGGCGGGUGUCUUUUCUUGUGAAGCCAUGCCCGUGGAUGUCUUAGAGCCGGUGUUGGAGCUGUUGUGCGCUGACAUGAUGUAUAGGAGGUACUUUUACAAAUUAAACUUAAAAUUGUGUAUACUUAAAAUUACUUAAUAGAAA